AUGCUCGGUCCGAAGGAAUAUGUUACGGCCAGCGUUCAUAGGACGAGCAUCCUGCUAGAUCAUCUGGGUAAGAUCGAUGAGGACAAGUUGAGCAUGGGGUUCGUGUGGACGUGCAAGACAUACGCGGAGCGAUACGGAGAACCCUACUCCGAGUGUGGGUGCUGGUACUGCGAGAGCGUGCGCGUGAUGAAUGGCGAGCAGACGAGCCGUUCCGAGCCACCAGCAUCAGAAGCGCAGGCGCAUGUGUCCGCCCACCCUUCCGUCCGCGCGCUCGAGACCCCGUCACAGCGCGAGCGCACCCGCAUCCUGCGCCAAGAGCACCAAACGCGGCUGCUGGAAGCUCAUGCGCAGGUCCUUGGAGAGAAGCGCGGCGGUCGUCGGCGCCUUCGUGAAAUGCCGGGUGGUGGUGGUGGCGGCGUGACGGCCAGGGGGGCCGACAGGGUCGACGUCUGGGGCCGCGAAGUGCAGGUCGAGGGGCCGGCGGCGAGUGUGCUGGCCGUGACGGCGACGGCGGCCAUGUAUGCAUCACCGUCUGGGGUUGGACACUGGCCAGACGGUGAGACUGCGGGCGCUCUUGGUGACGAGUCGGUCUCAGCAGGAACUGACUCGACAGAGCUGGCGGUAUCGCGAUGGAAAUGA